CAUACAUAUAGAAUGCACACUUAAAUAAAAUCAAACCUUCCAUAAAUUUAAAAAAAAGAAUAAUAAUUAAUUCGUAGUAUGAAAAAACUUCACCCAGUAAUCCAAAAAGCCUAAAAAAUCACCAAUACCCAAAACAUAGUAAACAUGCGAUUAUCAUCAUAUUCAUUUAACAGCACAACUUCAACUACUAUAUCUACAAAUAAUGAAUUACAAUAAUAAAAUCAAUAAGAAAAUAUUCAAUUAAAAAAUCCCUUGAGAAAAAACAGCAAUAUUUAAAAAAACUAAGAAAUAAUUUUCCAAAAACUCAAAGACGAAAAGCUUGAUGCAGAAAAAGCACUUUUAAAUUUUAAUUUAUCAUUCGAAAACAGCGACGAUGAUGAAAAUAUAGAGUAAAAAAUAUAAAAAAGUCCAUAAAAAGAUAAAAAAAAUGAAUUAUUAUAAAAAUAAUAAACACUAGAAAUUCUAGAUUAGUAAUAAAUAAUUAAUCAAACUGGAAAUAAUGACUUGUAAGAAAUCAAUAUACUAGUGUUAAGAGAAAAAAAUCUCCUUUUUUUUAAAAAUACUGAAAAAUUAGAUCUUAGUUUAUUAAAUAAUCUUGAAUAUUUAUCUCUAACUCAUAAUUAUAUAUCAAAUAUUGAAGGAAUUUCUUCAAUACCAAAUAUAAAUUUAUUAGAAAUAAACUUAGAAUAUAACAAUAUUAUUGAUAUUUCUCCUAUAUAUCAUCACAUCUAAUUAAAAAAGCUUUAUCUUUCCUAAAAUUAAAUAUAAUCAAUAAAAGGUCUUUAUGUUUUAAAAAAUUUACAAACAUUAACACUUUCGAAUAAUAAAAUAAAAGAUUUGAAUGAAACAUUAAAUGAAUUGGCUCUUCUUCCUAACUUAAAAGAACUCGAAUUAGAUUAAAAUCCUUUAAGUAAACGUUUUAAUUAUAAAUAUGAUAUACUAUGGACAUUAAUAUUAGAAAAAAUUGACGGAGAAACCAUUACAUAAGUUGAUUUUGAUCUUUCUUCAGCUUUUAGAAAAGAAAAAAUAGCCACAUAUUUAUAAAUAUCUAAUCUAAAUGGUUCCUAAAUGCCCCAAUAAUACAUAAAUAAUAUAAAAAGACCCUAAACAGCUUCAUAUAAGGAUAGAUUUGCGAAAAAAAUAGGAGAUUUAGUCCAUUAAUCUGACCUAUUGUUAUCUAUUCCAGAGGACAAAUAUUAAGAAAUAGAAAACGAUAUUGAGAACGAAAAAAACACUCUUCUUUAUUUAGAAGAAGUACUGGAAGCAAUAAUUUACGAAAAUUUAAAUUUAAAAAAAGACUUUGAAAAUAUAAAAGAAGAAAACGAAGAUAUAUAAAAAGAACUUUUAAACAUAAAAAAAAUAAAAGAAGAAAAUGAAAAUUUAAAUAAUAAAUUAAAUAAAUAUCUACUUUUAAUGGAAAAAGAUAAUAAAUAAGCAAAUUUCAUUAAAUAAAUUUUCCUUUUAAAUCUCGAAAUUUAUGAAUAAGAGGAAAAAAUAUAAAAAAAUCCAAUAUAAAAUACUUCUUUUUCAGAUUUAGAUGAAAAUAAUACUAAAAAUGAUAAUAUUUGUCUUGAUAUAGGAUUCGAAAGUGAUGAUUUAGACGAAGAAACAAAAGAAUUGAAAAAAAUUUUAGAUUAAAAUUCCGAAAAUAUAAAUUAAAUAAAAAAAUAAUUAAUUAAAAAUGAAAAUGAAAAAGAUAAUAUUUUAUGA